UCUCUCUCUCACACACAUACACAAUACACACACGACAGAAAACCGAUGGCCGGUGCGCGCACUACACACUUGGCAUCUCCUCGUUUAAAUACACAACACAACUCCAUGCUCCAUAGCAAAAGUAAAACCCCAUCAGUCCAGUCCAGGCUCCAGCCAGACGAUCUUCUCUCUCUGGCUCUGUUUGCAUCCUUGCAGGAGAUCUCGAAUGCUGUUCGUGUUUUAAUCUGAAGCCGUCAUAACUAGAUUUCACAAUGUCUGCGAUGGAUUUGAAGGAGAACAAGUUCCUGAGCGUGGGUCUCUUGGUUGUUGCAACCCUCCUUGUCGCAAAGCUAUUGUCUGCAUUUCUUAUGCCGAAAUCCCGAAAGCGCCUUCCUCCGACUAUAAAGACGUGGCCGGUGCUCGGCGGCCUUCUUCGCUUUCUGAAAGGCCCCAUCGUGAUGCUUAGGGAAGAGUACCCCAAGCUCGGCAGCGUGUUUACUCUCAAUCUAUUGAACAAGAAGAUCACUUUCUUCAUUGGACCCGAGGUGUCGACCCAUUUCUUCAAAGCUUCCGAGUCUGAUCUCAGCCAGCAAGAGGUGUACAAGUUUAAUGUUCCCACUUUUGGUCCCGGAGUGGUGUUUGACGUCGACUACUCUGUAAGGCAAGAGCAAUUCCGGUUCUUUACCGAAGCUCUCAGGGUUACCAAAUUGAAGGGCUAUGUAGAUCAGAUGGUUGUAGAAACUGAGGACUUCUUCUCAAAGUGGGGUGAGAGCGGUGAGGUUGACCUAAAAGCUGAGCUUGAACAUUUAAUUAUCUUGACAGCAAGUAGAUGCCUCUUGGGCCGGGAGGUUCGUGAUCAGUUAUUUGCCGAUGUAUCAUCCCUUUUCCAUGACCUUGACAAUGGCAUGCAACCUAUCAGUGUCAUCUUCCCAUACCUCCCCAUCCCAGCCCACCAUCGCCGUGAUGAGGCCCGCAAGAAGCUUGCAAAUAUCUUUGCCAAAAUCAUAUAUUCCCGUAAACAUUCUGGGAAAACAGAAAAUGACAUGUUGCAGUGCUUCAUUGACUCGAAGUACAAAGAUGGACGGCCAACUACUGAUGGCGAGAUCACUGGGUUGCUCAUUGCUGCCCUAUUUGCUGGACAGCACACCAGUUCCAUUACCUCUACCUGGACUGGUGCCUAUCUCCUUACUCACCAGAAGUACCUCUCUGCUGUUUUGGAUGAGCAAAAGAACCUCAUGAAACAGCAUGGCGACAAUGUUGAUCAUGAUAUACUGUCUGAGAUGGAUGUCCUAUAUCGGUCCAUCAAGGAAGCUCUGAGGCUCCAUCCUCCUUUGAUAAUGCUGCUAAGGAGCUCCCACACUGAGUUCAGUGUGACAACUAGGGAGGGGAAACAGUAUGACAUCCCAGAAGGUCAUAUAGUUGCUACAUCACCAGCUUUUGCCAACCGAUUGCCACAUAUAUACAAGGAUCCAGACAGGUAUGACCCGGACAGGUUUGCCGCCGGGAGGGAAGAGGACAAGGCGACUGGAGCAUUUUCGUACAUUUCAUUUGGUGGUGGUAGGCAUGGUUGUCUUGGAGAGCCAUUCGCGUAUCUGCAGAUAAAAGCAAUUUGGAGCCAUUUGCUAAGAAAUUUUGAGAUGGAGUUGAUAUCACCUUUUCCAGAGACUGACUGGAAUGCCAUGGUUGUGGGUGUGAAGGGAAAGGUAAUGGUAAGGUACAAGCGACGACGGCUUUCUGUUGACUAAUUUAGGAUGACAAAUUGUGAAAGGUGUAGCUCUUCUUUUCCUUGUUUUAACUUUGGUGAUCAGUUGUUGAUUUCUUGCAAGUUACCCUCCCAUUUUGAAUCCCUUGAUUAUCAUCUAUUUUUGGGUCUCUUUCAAGUGUCACUUUUCUAGUUUUCAUUCAUAUGUUUUUAAUGCUUGUAGUUUGGAAUGGAUAUCUGAUUUUGUUUU